GAAAGAACGAUGAACUUGUGAUGUUCCUAUAUCCACCGUUCAAGAAAUAGAUAAUAUGCCGCCGCAGAGCAGCAGCGCGUCUUCCACCAGGCCGCCGAGACCACGGUCGCCACACUUCCCACCCCACAAUGCGCCGCGUGUCUGGUUCAUCACGAAUGGAACGUCGCCUAUUGCCAUUGCGCUGUCCAAGCAGGUGCUCGACCACGGCGACUAUGUCGUAGCUGGGGUGUUGCCGACCGAGUUUGAAAAGAGAGAGGGCCCCGCUGAGGACUUCCGGACAUUCCUCGACGAAGUGAAGAAGACGGAACGAUGGCGCGAGCGAUUGAGAGUUGUGGGUCUGGAUGGGAGAAUCGUGAGCCAGUGUCAAGCUGCCAUUGCCGAAGCCGUGGAAGCGUUCGGGCGCAUCGACGUGCUGCUGGGCGGCACGACCGAAGUCGUCAUCGGGACGGUGGAAGAGCUGGGCCAGGACAGUCGCACCAUCAGCCUGGUCGAGGACACUUUCGAGACCAACUUCUUCGCCAAUGUCAACAUCAUCAAGGCUGUCCUGCCCGUCAUGCGCAAUCGGAAGAACGGCCACAUAAUCAUGAUGACUGGCAUUACCGGUCACCUUGGCACCCCUGGACUGGGCUUGUACUGCUCGUCGCAGUGGGCCAUUGAGGGCUACUGCGACAGCCUGGCCUACGAGAUCGCCCCCUUCAACGUCAAGAUGUCCAUCGUCCAGGCGAACAUGGAGAUCAACGUCCUGACCAACCGCAUGACGGCGGUUCCGCCCAUGCUGGAGUACUCGCAGGCGGAGAACCCGGCCCCGCUGGCCCGCGACAUCUUCUCCGGCCUACUGGACAAGCUCGAACGCGCGAACAACCCUUCGGCCGCUGCUGAGGAGAAAUCGCCUGCAGAGAGCACUUCGGCAGGGAGUCCGGCCAGCUCCGUGCAUGAGCCCACGACGGGUGACCUUCUCAGCUCCGACACGGUAACCUCACUCUACGCGCCGCUUCCCCCAGUGUUCAAGAGCUCCCUGAUCGCCGAGACGGUGCAUGCGCUGACCGCUAUUGGCGGGCACGACAAUCCGCCCGCACGUCACAUUGUCGGCUUCGAAGGGGUCACGGCGGUCAAGGACAAGCUGAAGACUACGAGCGAAGAGCUGGAGGAUUUCAUCGAGGUCAGCAAUGCCGUGGAUAUAGCACGGGAUACGGGGCCGGCUACGCCACUAGCAUAGACGAAACAGGGAGUGCGUGUAAAUGCAUUCUCUAUAGAGUGGGGAUGUGGUCUCUUUGACUGAUCAGUUCAAUCUGGUAAGCC